AUGACAGAUGACCUGCAAGCCCGACCAGAUCUGCAGGACAUCGGCAAAGCCCAAAAGCAUCAAAGCCGAACCCCACUGGCACCAUCUGACAACCGUCUUGAUAAUCCUUACGCCAUUCGAAGAGAGUUUCGCGAACUCGUCCCUGCAUCACGAUUUGCCAAUUCCAACCCAAGUCCCGGACUCCUGGUGGGCCUCUUCCCCGGGCCCAGCUUUACUUUAGCAAUUGUGGGGGUGGGUACGAGUGAUUUCAUGGUUCUGAUUCGUGGUUAUCGAGUGUGGGGACUCCGCACGGCCCUGGGCGGAUUUGUUGUCGGUGAUUACUUCCCUUCCUUCUCGCUUGUCGUCGAUCUCAGUUUUGGUUUGGGUACCGUGGGUGAUUGA